AUGCCUGCCGAUUACAAUGGAACGUGGGAAAUGGAAUCCAAUGAAAACUUCGACCGUUACAUGGUUGCCUUAGACAUUGAUUUUGCCACUCGUAAGAUUGCAGGACACUUGAAACAAACGAAGGAAAUUAUUCAAGAUGGAGACAAUUUUAAGACAAAAACACUGAGCACUUUCAGAAACUAUGAACUGAAUUAUACUGUGGGAGUGGAGUUUGAAGAACAUACCAAGGGGCUUGACAACCGAGUUGUGCAGACGCUAGUGAAUUGGGAUGGUGAUAAAUUAGUAUGUGUCCAGAAGGGGGAGAAGAAAAACAGAGGCUGGACACACUGGAUUGAAGGCGAUAGACUGCAUUUGGAGCUGACGUGUGAAGACCAGAUGUGCCAUCAAGUAUUUAAGAAGAAAAAGUAA